GCACCCCUGGCCCUACGGAGCCGCGCCCCCCGCGCCCGGACUGGGGCCAUGUGGGGCGGCCGCCGGCCCUCGGCCUCCGGGAACGCCGCGUCUUUGCUGCCGCUGGUGCUGGGCGCGCUGCUGGCGGCGGGCGCGCGGGCGGGCGGCGAGUACUGCCACGGCUGGCUGGACGCACAGGGCGUCUGGCGCAUCGGCUUCCAGUGCCCAGAGCGCUUCGACGGCGGCGACGCCACCAUCUGCUGCGGCAGCUGCGCGCUGCGCUACUGCUGCUCCAGCGCCGACGCGCGCCUGGACCAGGGCGGCUGCGACAACGACCGGCAGCAGGGCGCCGGCGAGCCGGGCCGGCCGGACAAAGACCCCGACGGCUCGGCAGUGCCCAUCUACGUGCCCUUCCUCAUUGUGGGCUCCGUGUUCGUCGCUUUCAUCAUCUUGGGCUCCCUGGUGGCAGCCUGUUGCUGCAGGUGCCUGCGGCCCAAGCAGGAGCCACAGCAGAGCCGAGCCCCCGGGGGCAGCCGCCUGAUGGAGACCAUUCCCAUGAUCCCCAGCGCCAGCACCUCUCGAGGGUCAUCCUCACGCCAGUCCAGCACCGCAGCCAGCUCCAGCUCCAGCGCCAACUCGGGUGCCCGGCCACCCCCCACCAGGUCACAGACCAACUGCUGCCUGCCCGAGGGCACUAUGAACAACGUGUACGUCAACAUGCCCACCAACUUCUCCGUGCUCAACUGCCAGCAGGCCACGCAGAUCGUGCCACACCAGGGCCAGUACCUGCACCCACCCUAUGUUGGGUACACAGUGCAGCAUGACGGGGUGCCCAUGGCACCUAUGCCCCCAUUCAUGGAUGGGCUGCAGCCAGGCUACAGGCAGAUCCAGUCCCCCUUUCCCCAUAGCAGCAGUGAGCAGAAGAUGUUCCCUGCUGUCACCGUGUGACCUGAGACACACU